UUUUAUGGGAUCAUCACUUUUUGAGUUUUUGUAGUUGGUAAUAACGGUUUUGUCCUCAGCAGCUUUCUGAUUCCGUUGGACUUAUAAACACUUCAAAUGGUGACAAGUAAAGCCGCUGCCAUUGCCAAAGAGAUCGACGUUGCUCGCUGCAAAGGCAAUUGGCAAGCUAUACCUGAGUUAGCACGAAGAUAUAAAAAGCAUAACCCAAGCGGAACUGUUUUAGAACAGUCUAUCUUGGGGGAAGCAGGCUUGGAUAAUAUAGUACACAGCUCUCAGAGAGAAUCGAGAAGUCUUUAUGCAAACGAUUCACCUAGUUCAAUCAGUUUACCGAAAUGCGUCGAUCGUGAGUUGACAAAACCUGUUUUACAGCAUCUAUCAACUGCUAUUGCUGAUAAUGAUUCCAGCUCUGAAGCACAUGUUUAUAAAACAAUGUCAAAAGUUAUUCUUGCCAGAACUUAUUUCGAAAGUGGGCAGUACCAAAAGGCUGUAGAGACAUUCAAUGAAAUAGAUCUUAAGAUUUUGGGACAAUCAUCAGGAUAUGCGUCUAUUCUGUAUGUACAAGCUUUGUCAGUGAGGGCUAUGUCAUAUGAUUUAAAUGGCGACAAAUCAUCAGCUUGGAAAGCGUAUGACGAUCUUGUUUCGUUAGUGAAUCAAUCACAACAUCUAUCCGAUCGUAGUUUAGUAGACUGGGCAGAAGAAGGUUUAUAUAGAGGCACAUUACUUGCAUUAAAUGAAAGGCAGGAACCUGCAAAUGUUCCUCGAACCAUGAAUCUGAUUCGAGCCUACCAGAAGAUUUGUUCUUCCCAAACAAGUGUUUGGCGGUCCACCAAACGAUUAGCUGUAACAAAAUAUUCUGCAAACUAUCUGUCCGAGAUAUAUCGCGCUGGCUACUAUCAAGCGCCUAUCGAUUAUAGUGUAACUGAAGAAGGAAAGCACAUCAAUGAAUUAGCUGCAGAUUUCGAACUAAUAAAUGCUUCAGAAACUGAAUUAAGAGGCUUCAUUGACGUGCUUAACCGUGCAUCAACAAAAACAUUCAACUCACCUUGUGUUACAAGACAUCUGUUUCAUGCACUUGUUCAGUUAGGAGACUAUGAAGAGGCCGAACUUGCUCUUCGUACUUAUCUGUAUUUGGUGGGUUUGGAAUCAAAGGCUCUAUUGGAUGGGCGUUCAAUGACUCCAGCUCUAGCAACUGAUGCACUUGGUUACAACAUUCCGGUUCCCAGUUCCGAUAUUAAGGAGGAAAUAUCAUUUUUGAAGGAAGCACACAAAUCUGACGGACCUCAACGUAGUGAGGAACAGGAGACAGCUGAAAGCAAGAUUAAAGUACUUAUCACAGCCGUGCACAUGUACUGUAAAGAACUCUGUAAAGGUUCAGAGGCAGUCUAUGUUGCUGAAUUAGCUGCAGAUGUUUAUACAACAGAAGUGGCUAGCAGAAAGGAGCAAAGUACACAGUUUGAAAAAGUAGGCGUUGAGGUCUUCCGAUCAUUAGGUGUAGCUUUUGGAUUCUUGGGAAGCCAAACAUUUGAUCCAGACAGUCGACCAAAAUUUCACCAAAAAGCUGUAAAUUCUCUAAAAAGAUCGCUAGAAUUUGAUACGACUGAUUGGAAAACAUAUUAUCAGCUUGCUUUGCAACUUGCAGGUAUGCGUGAUAUAGCACAAGCCAUACCAAUGAUUACACAAUCACUGCAAUACAACUCUGGCUAUUUGCCGUCAUGGCAUCUGUUUGCAUUAUUGUUGACAUGCCCGUCCACUGAUAAUCAAACUCAAGCACUCAAGACCUGCGAAAUGGCACUUUCGAAAGUAACAGGGAUUUCGGAAAAUGACCAAUAUGUAGACUACAAUGAAGAAAUUGCUCAACAAUUGUUAUUGCAAAUGACACAGACUCUUUUAAUUGACCGUGUUCACGGCUCAGAAAAGGCGCUGGCGUCUCAAGCUAAUCUUUUCCAAGUAUUUGGUAAAAUUGUCGUACCAGAACUAAUACCCAAUUCUACUCAUUCUAAUAUGGUUCACGAGGCUAUCUCUAUGGGCCCCUCAAGAUAUGGCAUAGUUAAUUCAGGGUCUCUCGGUAAUAUGAGUACUGACUUAAUAGCCUCUAGCUCGACAGCUUUAGCCACAUCUGAUCCCAAUGCAACUGCACGAGGUCGCAGCACAAGUAGUAUCAUUUCUUCCAACAAGACAGUGAAUGGACGUGCACGCUCUGCUUCAUCAUUCACAGGGCGAAAGUUUCAUUUAGCUGAAAUGUUUAACGCAGCGCAUCACGACAAAACUGAUGCCAAUAGUGUUCGAUCAGCCACAAACCUAUCACAUGUUAAAAAUAAUGGUAGUAAGUUGAGCUUACUAGAUCCGAUGAGUGUAAUACGCAAGCAAAAGAAAGAUACGAUCCCUGAAGAGGUCAACAAUAGAACGGAUUCUGAGAAAGAGGGCUCAAUAUAUUCGUUUAAUAGUGCUGCUCCCUCUUUUAUCAGCACAAAUACAUUACUUCAGUCUACAACCACACCGAUUCGACCUACUACUCAAGCAAGACUACUUCAUCAACGUUCACAUAAAUUAUUAUGUGACUUAUGGUUGCUUUCAGCUGAAAUAUAUCUCAGAGCUAAUAGGAUUGAUGAAGCCUUCAAAGCGGUUUCUGAAGCAGAAAAUGUAGACUCGACGACACAUCCUGGUGUGUGGUGUCUGUUGGGACGCAUCCGCUUUGCACAAGGAAAGCGUGAUAAGGCGAUAGUAGCAUUCCAGAAGGGUCUAUUCAUCAGACCGAACGAUGUGGACUGCCGAAUCUGGUUAGCUAAAACGUAUAUGGAUAAGGGCGAUUUAGAGGUUGCAGAAGGACUCUUACAGGCUGCUACGCGGGAAAAUGGUUGGGAUAAUGCUGCUGCCUGGUACUAUCUAGGGGAAAUAUACAAAAAGACAGACCGCCUGAGUAGAACAAAAGAUUGUCUCUUCUAUGCACUGGAGCUGGAAAGUAGAUCACCUAUCCAACCCUUUAGCAUAUUACCCCGCGUCAUAUAAGACAUACUACCAAUUACCUCAGACCCUGUAUUACUUUAUAUCUUCUCUUCAACAUAUUCGCAAGUAAAUGUUUUCUUCUUUUUGGGAUUGCAUAAUUUACAGUGAACAAAGUAGAUUUUCACUUUUUACAUAUAAAUGCACGCAUACUAUACAAAACCCCAUAAUUCGCUAAUUCUCAGAUGCUAAACGCCACAAAAAGCGGAAAAGAUAUGCAUCACAAUACGGCUUUAGUUACGGAUAUAGGGAAGGUCUAGAAGGUCCGCCUCUUAGU